AUGGCGCUGUUUCGUCGAUUCUUCUAUAGGAAGCCACCUGAUCGGCUUCUCGAAAUUUCUGAGCGAGUUUUCGUGUUUGAUUGCUGCUUCUCCACGGAUGUGUUGAAUGAAGAUGAGUACACAGAAUACCUUGGUGGUAUUGUAACACAGCUACAGGACUACUACCCAGAUGCCUCAUUUAUGGUGUUUAACUUUAGAGAAGGGGAUCGAAGGAGUCAUAUUGCUGAUAUAUUGUCUGAGUAUGAUAUGACGGUUAUGGAAUAUCCUCGUCAAUAUGAGAAAUGUCCUUUGCUUCCCCUGGAAAUGGUUCACCACUUCCUGCGCUCCAGUGAGAGCUGGCUGUCAUUGGAGGGACAGCAAAAUGUAUUGCUGAUGCACUGUGAAAGAGGUGGCUGGCCUGUCCUUGCUUUUAUGCUUGCAGGUCUUCUUUUAUAUAGAAAGAACUAUUCCGGUGAGCAAAAAACACUUGAAAUGGUCUACAAGCAGGCCUCGAGGGAACUACUUCAGCUUUUAUCUCCUUUAAACCCACAACCUUCACAACAGAGAUAUCUUCAGUAUAUAUCCCGAAGAAGUUUAGGCUCUGAUUGGCCUCCUUCUGACACACCUCUCAUUCUAGACUGUUUAAUACUUAGAGUCCUUCCUUUGUUUGAUGGGGGUAAAGGCUGCAGACCAGUAGUUCGUGUUUAUGGGCAGGACCCUUUAACAAAAUCUAGCAGAAGUACAAAGCUGUUAUUUUCAUCUUUAAAGACCAAAAAACAGGUUAACCACUAUUCAGAGACAGAGUGUCUCUUGGUAAAAUUGGAUAUUCGUUGCCGUGUUCAAGGGGAUGUGGUUUUGGAAUGCGUCCAUCUAUUUGAUGAUUUAGCAAGGGAGGAAAUUAUGUUCAGAAUUAUGUUUCACUCUUCCUUUAUUCGGUCAAACAUUUUGUCUCUUAGCCGUGAAGAAGUCGAUAUCUCAUGGGAUGCAAAGGAUCAAUUUUCUAAAGACUUCAAAGCAGAGGUACUCUUUUCGGACGUUGGAGCAGUUCCAGUUAUAACCACUGAGCUAAAAAGUGAUGAUGACAAUGAAUUUGAUAGUGCUUCACCAGAGGAAUUUUUUGAAGCUGAAGAGAUAUUCAGUAAUGCUGUUGAUGCUCAAGAUGGGAAGACUGAUUUGGAUUCUCCUUUAAUUCAUGAUAGUUCUGCCAAUGAAGUCGGUAAUGGAGGACAGAAAGAGGAUAGAGAGCCACCUGCAUUUGUAGAUUGUGCACCAGAAGCAGGUGCUCGUAGACGCAACUCAAAAGGACUAUUGGAGCUUGAAGCAGUGAAGGAUAUAAGCCUGGAUGAUUGGAGUAAAACAUUGCAUCGCGAUGUUGAGUCUGAUCCUAAUGCUGUCAAAGACAUUCUCAUGGAUGAUACAAAUCAGAAAGAAGAUGUUAAAUGGGCUGUGGAUGAUAUCAUUUUGCAUGAAGAGAAACAUAAACAUGAGGUACACUAUGAUCUGAAUGAGGUGAAGGACAUUGCUUUGGAUGGUCAAGAUAAAGAGGCAGACACGACGAUUGUGGUUUCAGAUGUGCUCAUAAAGCAGGAUAUCAAGACUGAUUUUGUAGAUGACAACAUGGUGGGGGAGCUGGAUAGCAAACAAACUGUAGAGGACUGGGAAACAGAAAAGAGGUCAGAUAGCAAUAGUCCACAGCGAAAGUUGUGUGGUGAUGCUACUAAGCUAAAACAAGAGAAAGUCUUGCAACCUUCACCCAAAAGGCCCCCUACAUUUAACCAAAAGUCAGCUUCUGAUUCUGCUUUGGGCAAGCACAGAGGAAAACAGCAAGAGGCAGCAGGGGAUAAGUCUGGAAAGCAAAAACCAACUGAACAUCGGUGGAUACCUUCAAACAAAGGCUCCUACACCAAUUCCAUGCAUGUGGCUUAUCCAUAUGCCCGGGUAAACAGUGCACCACCUUCUCUAGGAAGUACAAAAAAUCAAGUGAAGGACUCUGGUUCUGUUGGUAAAUUGAAGGAUCGUGCUGCCAGCACUGAUCUUGGGUUUGUUGCUUCUAGUAUCGAUAGACGUCUGCAUAAAUUUCAGGAUGUAAAGUCCGUAAAACCUGUCGAAUCUGCAAAAGUUUCUCGCCUUGAAACUCCUGAUGAUGGGCUUAGCCAAGAAGUUUCUAGCCCUAUAUGCUCUCCUCGCUCAGAUUCCUCAUCUUUGGUUGAUCCAUCCUCUCACACUUCAGCCGAGUCUCAUGAACUUAAAGAAGAAACAAAUGCACCCUUACCCUUGCCUCCCCUAUCUACUGUACAAUCUUCAUCAUAUAUCCCAGCUGUAGAGGUUUUACCACUACAAAGACCUCCGCCACCUCCACCCCCACCUCCACCUCCACCACCACCUCUUGUAACUUCCUAUGUCAAUUUUAAACCGUCCUCUUCAAUGCCUCCUCAACCAUUGCCUCCUGAUUCUGCUAAACAAUGUGGAGUUACAACCAUGCCUCAACUGGCACCACCCCCUCCACCACCACCUCCGCCUCCCCCUUAUUCGAGAGUCGCACCUUCACCAUCACCCCAAACGAUCCCAGCAACUGCACCCCCACCGCCGCCACCGCCACCGCCACCUUCUAGUUCAAGUAGAAUGUCGGCACCUUCUUUUUCACCCCCUCCACCUCCUGUAUAUGGUGCUCCUACUCCUUCCAUCCGAGUAGCCACACCACCACCACCUCCACCUCCCCCUCCUGGACGCGAAAUGCCAUUCCCUUCCUAUGGAGUGACUUCCUUACCGCCUUCUUAUGGAGCCGCUCCACCUCCACCACCACCUUUCGGGGGUAAAGCCCCUUCCCCACCUCCUCAACCUCAUGGGGGCCAGGCCCCUCCACCACCACCGCCACCGCCACCACUACCUUUCGGGGGUCGAGGCCCUCCCCCACCACCGCCAACUCCUGGGUGCCGAGCCCCUCCCCCACCACCGCCACCUCCCAGAUCACCUACCCCACCACCACCACCACCACCACCGCUACCUCCUGGAGGCCGAGCCCCACCCCCUCCACCGCUACCUCCUGGAGGCCGAGCCCCACCCCCUCCUCCACCACCUCCUGGAGGCCGAGCCCCACCCCCACCUCCGCCACCUCCUGGUGGCCGAGCCCCACCCCCACCUCCUCCACCUCCUGGUGGCCGAGCCCCUCCCCCACCUCCGCCACCUCCAGGUGGCCGAGGCCCUCCCCCACCUCCACCUCCUCCCGGAGGCCGAGGGCCUCCCCCACCUCCUCCACCUCCCGGAGGCCGAGGGCCUCCCCCACCUCCCCCACCUCCUGGUGGAGGCCGAGGGCCUCCCCCACCUCCGCCACCUCCUGGUGGAGGUCGAGGCCCUCCCCCACCUCCUCCUCCAAUGCGUCCAGGAGGACCACCUCCACCCCCUCCCCCUAGAGGUGGUGUUCCAGGUCCUCCUGCACCACCAAGACCUCCAGGAGGUGGACCACCACCGCCUCCGCCAUUUGGUGCGAAAGCCGCUCCAGGUGUACCUAAUGCGCCUCCAGCUCUGGGUAGGGGUCGUGGGCUGCCACGUUCAGCACCAGGAACUGCACCUAAAAAAACACCCCUUAAACCAUUACAUUGGAGCAAAGUGACGAGGGUCUUACAAGGGAGCCUUUGGGAAGAAUUGCAAAGACAGGCAGGGUCCCAAAUUGCUGCAGAAUUUGACGUGUCAGAGAUCGAGAAGCUUUUCUCUAAUCAAGUGUCAAAGCCUGCAAGCGCGGGAGGGAAAUCUGCUGAAAAGAAGAAGGCUGCUGGAUCCAAAUCUGAAGUUGUUCAUCUGAUUGAUCUCAGAAGGGUUAACAACACGGAGAUUAUGCUUACAAAGGUUAAGAUGCCACUCCCUGAUAUGAUGGCUGCAGUACUUGCGAUGGAUGAGUCAGUCUUGGAUGCAGAUCAGGUGGAAAACCUAAUUAAGUUUUGUCCCACUAAAGAGGAGAUGGACACUCUAAAGAACUACACUGGCGAUAGAACAAAGCUGGGAAAAUGUGAGCAGUUUUUUUUGGAGCUCAUGAAAGUGCCGCGGGUGGAGUCAAAAUUACGAGUGUUUUUGUUCAAGAUUCAGUUUAACACACAGGUUACAGAUUUCAAAAAGAGUUUGAAUACUGUAAAUUCUGCAUGUGACGAGGUGCGAAAUUCUAGGAAGUUGAAAGAGAUCAUGCAGUUGAUUCUUAAUCUAGGAAAUUUAUUAAAUUCUGGAACUGCAAGAGGAUCUGCGGUUGGCUUCAAAUUGGAUAGUCUUUUGAAAUUAACAGAUACUCGUGCAACUAACAGCAGGAUGACACUUAUGCAUUAUCUUUGCAAGUUUGUAGCAGAGAAGUUACCUGCACUGUUGGAUUUUCAUGAAGAUCUUCUAAGCCUUGAAGCUGCAACAAAGAUACAAUUGAAGUCCUUGGCAGAAGAAAUGCAGGCUAUAAACAAAGGAUUGGAAAAGGUUAAACAGGAGUUGUCUGCAUCUGUUAAUGAUGGUCCUGUUUCUGAGGUUUUUUGCACGACUCUGAAGGAAUUUGUCGGUGUUGCUGAAGCAGAGGUGGAAUCUGUGAUGAGCCUUUACUCUAUAGCGGGUAGAAAUGCGGAUGCACUAGCCUAUUAUUUUGGUGAAGAUCCUGCUAAGUGUCCUUUCGAGCAAGUUGCACAGACUCUGUUGAACUUCACAAGAUUAUUUCGGAAAGCACACGACGAAAAUUGCAAACAGGCCGAAUUGGACAAGAAAAAGGCCCAAAAAGAGGCUGAAAUGGAGAAGGCAAAAGCAGCCAACCCAUCAAAGAAGAGUGAAACGUAGUUGAAAGAUGUCAGUUCUCUCUCGUGAAGCUCAGAGUUGCACCAUGGAUGUAAAGGCCUUGUGCAGUCUCAGUAACCCAAAAGCAACAUCAAGCUUUUGUUGCCACCAUUUGCAGUGAUAGUGAAAGAUGUUUCGAGGUGAUGCAGAAUGAGAUCCAGUCCAUCCAAGGCCUUGUGAAAGUUUUUGGACUUUUUGUCCACGAAAACCUCGAGUGUGUUCAAGAUGGGAUGCCAUGCAGUCGGUCACAUGUUUGUGGCCGAUUGAAUUUUCAGAUGUAUAUCAUAUCAUCACUGUACAGAUACGCCCGUCCCUCCCAAGGGGUAUUAUCUCACCUUCAACUGCAAAAAAAUGGUCUGUAAAUUCCUGUUAAGAAGGAACGCCGGCAGAUGAUGCUCACUUACCAAUUAUCCUCCGAAGCAGAUGCCAUCAGGAUGGUGACCUCCAAUGCUCAUCUUGUCUUCCUGUGUACCAUGCGACCUUGUACAAAGCUCUAACCUGUAGGUAGGUAGGUGAAAUUUUUUGUACCAUAAUAUGUUUUGUCCCUAAUUUUUUUUCUUCCCAUAUAAUCAAAUAGUUAGUGUUUAGGAUAGGAGGUAUAACAAACAGUUUUGUAUAGAAUUUUAGGGCCAUAGAAAGGGAGUUUAGGAGGUGAGUGGUUUCAGUAUUGUUCAUCAUCCUUCUAUUUCAUUCAAUGUACGUAGUAAUUGUAAUAUAUUGAGAGUGUAGAGUUGGGAGAUGGGAAAUCCCUUGUUUCUCCCAUUCAAAUAAUUAGCAUUUCAGAAGCAGGAUCGGUUUCUCUAAUCUUCUAUUAAGUGCGUGUUUUAAUCUUAGUGGAAUAUUUGAAUAAAUCAUACG